CCCCAAAUCUCUCUCUCUCUUCCGUUCCCAGCUCAGUGCAGACGGCAGUGCACGCAGCCAGCCGAAUCGGAGCUCCAAUCGGGCCUCCGCACUCCGCAUUUCGCCGCCGGCGAACCUCCUCCGCCGCCGCGGCCGGCCGUCCGUCGCCGAAGUGGCCCCCGGCCUGACCGGAGCUCCUCCCCGGCCGCCCCGCUCCGACGCGUCCUCCGUCGAGCUCUAUGUGAGCGCUCUCGAGGAUAUUGCCCUCCACGACGACCGGCGCGUUCCGUUCCGGCCGAGAGGCGAUGGCAUCGAGCGCGUACCGGAACGGCGGCGUCCCCCGGGGCGCGCUGAGGGCGCAGCCCUCGGGAUCGAACGGGAGGCAGUCCUCCUCUUUCAAAUCCAGGCUCGCUCCGUCUUCGUCUCCCGGAUCCGCCGUCCGCCGCAGUAGCCCGGCCUCGCUCGGCGGCGGCGGGGGAGGCUCUUUUAAGAAUCAGGACGGAGUUCCAGGAAGAGUUCGAGUAGCUAUAAGGUUGAGGCCGCGGAAUGCUGAAGAGAUGUCAGCAGAUGCGGACUUUGCUGAUUGCGUGGAGUUGCAGCCAGAGCUUAAGAGGUUGAAGCUGAGGAAAAACAACUGGGAUUCCGACACUUACGAAUUUGAUGAGGUUCUUACUGAAUAUGCCUCGCAGAAGCGUGUCUAUGAAGUAGUUGCCAAGCCUGUUGUUGAGAGUGUUUUAGAUGGAUACAAUGGGACUGUGAUGGCUUAUGGUCAAACUGGAACAGGCAAGACUUUUACUCUGGGACGAUUAGGGGAGGAAGAUACCGCUGAUCGUGGAAUUAUGGUCCGCUCAAUGGAGGAUAUUCUUGUGAAUGUUUCUCCAGAUACUGAUUCUAUCUCUGUAUCAUAUUUACAGCUCUACAUGGAGUACAUACAAGAUCUUCUUGAUCCUUCCAAUGAUAAUAUUCACAUUGUGGAAGAUCCAAAAACUGGGGAUGUGUCACUGCCUGGGGCCACCCAUGUGGAAAUCAAUGACCAGCAAAGCUUUCUCGAGUUACUAAGAAUAGGAGAAGCGCAUCGCAUUGCUGCUAAUACGAAGUUGAAUACUGAAUCUUCACGUAGCCAUGCUCUUCUGAUGGUACAUGUCAAGAGGUUGGUUACGGGAGGAGAAGAUGCUCCUUCAAUUGAGAAUGGAAACUCUUCUCACUUUAUUAAACCUUCCAAGCCACUUGUGCGGAAAAGUAAGCUGGUUAUAGUAGAUUUGGCAGGUUCAGAGCGUAUUCACAAGUCAGGAAGUGAGGGUCACAUGUUAGAGGAAGCCAAGUCCAUUAAUCUAUCACUGAGUGCACUAGGAAAGUGCAUUAAUGCCCUUGCAGAGAAUAGUUCCCAUGUUCCAGUUCGUGAUUCCAAGCUAACGAGGUUGCUCAGAGACUCUUUUGGAGGUACAGCAAGGACAUCACGUGUGACUAUUGGUCCAUCUCCACGCCAUAGAGGAGAGACUACAAGUACCAUUUUGUUUGGCCAACGGGCUAUGAAGGUGGAGAACAUGUUGAGAAUAAAGGAAGAGUUUGAUUACAAAAGUCUUUCAAGAAAGCUUGAGAUUCAGGUGGACAAGCUUGUCGCUGAAAAUGAGCGACUUCAGAAAGAUUUUGAAGAUGAGGUUGAAAGAAUAAAUCUAGAAGCUCAGAACAGAAUAUCUGAAGUCGAGAGGAAUUUUGCAGAUGCAUUAGAGAAGGAGAAGUUGAAAUGUCAGAUGGAAUACAUGGAGUCUAUUAAGGAGCUGGAGGAGAAGAUGGUGUCAAAUCAGCGCAAACAUAACCGAGAUGGCUUCUUCGAUGAUAAACAUAUUGAAGAGGGCCUGGCUUCGUCGGUUGAGGAAGCUUCUGAUAUCAAAAGGCAACUUAACGAUGAAAUUUCUCGAAGAAAGGCACUUGAGGAAGAGGUUAAUAAUCUCAAGAGUCGAUUAGCACGGUGUUUACAACCUAAGGAAAAUGGGGGUGGUGAAGUUUUAAGGCUUCACAAGGAUCUAGAGGAUGAGGUUUGCGAAAAAAAGAGACUCGAGGAAGAAGUUAUAAUGCUUCGAAGUCAAUUACUGCAAAUGACUCUUGACACCGAUCAGCCAAGAUAUCUUGACAGAGGUGCAUAUAGAGAUUCUUUUAAUGGUUUAAAUCCUCUAACAUCGCAAGAUCAGAAUCCCCAUUAUAGAAGCAACGGAAAUAGGCAGAAGGCAUCAGCUGCCACACUAUCUGAGCAAGUGGGGUUGCAGAAGAUAUUGUCUCUCCUAGAGUCAGAUGAUGCCAAUGUACGGAUUCAUGCUGUGAAGGUGGUGGCCAACCUUGCUGCUGAAGAAGUAAAUCAAGAAAGGAUCGUGGAAGCUGGUGGUCUUACUUCAUUGCUCAUGCUCUUGAGACGGUAUGAGGAUGAAACUGUCCGCAGGGUAGCAGCGGGUGCUAUAGCCAAUCUUGCUAUGAAUGAAGCCAAUCAAGAACUCAUAAUGGUUCAAGGGGGAAUCAGUUUGUUAUCUAUGACAGCAUCUAAUGCAGAGGAUCCACAAACGCUGCGGAUGGUUGCUGGGGCUAUUGCAAAUUUGUGUGGCAAUGACAAACUCCAGCAGAAGCUGAGGACUGAAGGUGGUAUACGGGCUUUGCUGGGGACUGUCAGAUGUGGACAUCCUGAUGUAUUAUCUCAAGUAGCUCGUGGCAUUGCCAACUUCGCAAAAUGCGAGUCCCGUUUGGCUACUCAAGGGAUAAGGACUGGUAGAUCAUUUUUGAUCGAAGAUGGUGCACUUCCAUGGAUUGUGCACAAUGCUAAUGAUGAAGCAGCUCCAAUUAGGCGCCACAUAGAGCUUGCUCUAUGCCACUUGGCACAACAUGAAGUGAAUGCGAAGGAUAUGGUUAGUGGUGGUGCCUUGUGGGAACUAGUUCGUAUCUCACGUGACUGUUCGCGUGAAGACAUAAGAAAUCUUGCCUGCAAGACUUUGAACUCAAGCCAGAUCUUCCGGGCAGAGUUAAGGCGGCUGCGGGUGGAAUACUGAUCUGGUAUAUGAUGUUUUACUUGGGCGGUGAUAUAGAGAUGGUUCUUGUUCAAAUUAGGGGAAAUUGGGUGACUUCAAAUGUGCUAGCAGUUUUGGUUUUAGAAAGCCGGGUACCCUCUUCUGUUGGUUCAACCAUCUUGUUGUCUAGCAGAUAAAGUUGUUAGGUCAGAGGCUUUGUAUUCUUUUCGGGCUCGGGGAUUGAAGAGAAGUCAAUUUCUUUUGACAGUGUAUUUGUGUAAGGAGGCACUUGACAUGUCAUCCCCUGUAUAUAUAAACACUUGUUGUACCUGUCAUGAGCAAUGAAUAUCAGCAUUCUUUAAUGUUCAA